UUUCUGUAUGAUUUUUUUUCAGUUAAAGUUGGUUUUGGAUGUAAAUCCGUCUCGAUAUGCGAUGGAAUAUUAGAAAAUGAGUAUGUUUUAGAUAAUAUACAUUUCCAUUGGAAUUCCGAACAUACCCUCAAUGGUAAAAAAUAUCCUCUGGAAAGUCAUUUUGUUCAUUAUAUAAAAGAAGCAGAAAAUUUACAAAAUGCUUUAAAUAUCCCUUUUGGAAUAGCAGUAAUUGCAGUUUUUUAUGAGUUUUCUUCCGAGGGAUCUGAAAUAUUUAACAAAAUAACGAAAAAAGUUGAAUGUGUAGCAACAAAUAUCAAAGAACCGGUACCAUUAGACGAACAAUUAGUACCGAAAGAACUUCUACCUAAAAGAUCUUGUAAUUAUUACGCUUAUACGGGAUCGUUAACAACACCGGACUGUAAUGAACCAGUACAAUGGAUAAUUUUUCCAAAACCUUGUAAAAUUUCCCCAUGUCAGUUGGAAGCUUUAAAAAAUAUUUACGAUGAAGAUAACAAACCGAUAUUAAGGAAUGCCCGUCCGCUGCAGCCUUUGAAUGGAAGAAUUGUUAAAUAUGUGAAAGAAAGUUUUUAUGGUAAAUUUAAAAAAAAAUAAACGAUUAAUUACUGUUCGAAAAACAUAAAAAAGAAUAACCAUUUUGAUAUUCAAAUUAAUUUUGUUUUGUUUGUUAUCCUUAAUGACAUUUUUUACGUCAUUUGUUUGACGUGUCGCUCUUGGGUAUGUGACACGGAACAGAACUAUGAAAUUUUAAGGGAUGUUAUAAAUUAUUUAAAUUCUUUCCAGGUAUGGAAGAUUAUUUUGAUAUCUUUCCUGGAUUGUAUAUGUUACAUUUUUGAUACAAAAUUGUCUUUAUCAAUCUCUUUUAUUUUUCAUUGGUUAUUACAAAAUGUGUUUUGUCUCUUAAGUUUUCAUCGUCUUCUGUUUAUCGGUUACACAGCGAAACGCUCUUUCGCGACUAUUCAUAGGAAUGCAUAUCUUAUAUAUAGGAAUAUACUCCUAUCAAUAAACAAAAGAUAUUUGGAAAAAAUGUAAUAUAUAAAUAUUUA